UUCCUUUUAAACAAGCUCCUAACUAAGAAACCUCACUCCUCGUCUCAUUCUUCUUGUUGGCAUAUUCGAUGGCCAGCCAUAUGUACAAUCCUACACGGCAUGGAUUACCUAGCCCAUUCGACUGUUCCUCCGCCUCCGCAAGAUCCUGGUUCAUUGUUGCUCAACUGGCUAUUUCUUCCUUCUACUUCCCCAUGA